AUGAGGAGGAUGAUGAUGCGCCGGUUGUUGAGGGGGUAGAGGAAGAUGAAGAAGGGGUAAGGAUGGAGUCUGGGGCGCGGGCAGGGUUACAGACUGCGGCGCAGACGGCGGCGAUGGUAGCAGCGCAGGAGAGGAAGAAGAAGGCGGAUGCGGCGAAGUAUAAGGAGUCAGCGUUGGGGGAGAAGGCGCAGGAGACGAUUUAUCGUGAUGCAAGUGGACGGAUUAUCAAUGUUGCGUUGAAGAGAGCGGAGGCGAGACGGGCGGAGGAGGAGAAGAAGGCGAAGGAGGAGGAAGCGAAGGAGGCGCUGAUGGGUGAUGUGCAAAGGAAGGAGAGGGAGGAGAGGAAGCAGCAGUUGAGGGAUGUGAGGGCUAUGCCGUUGGCGAGGACGGCGGAAGAUGAGGAGCUGAAUGAUGAGUUGAAGGGGAAAUUGAGGUGGAAUGAUCCUGCUGCGCAGUUCUUGACCAGUGUCAAGGAGGGAGGGACGAGUCGGACGGGCAAACCGCUGUAUAAGGGGGGGUUUGCGCCGAAUCGCUAUGGCAUUCGUCCUGGGCAUCGGUGGGAUGGAGUGGAUCGGGGGAAUGGGUUCGAGAAGGAGUGGUUUUUGGCGAGGAAUAGAAAGGGUCGCUUGGAGGCGCUGGAUUAUCAGUGGCAGAUGGAUGAGUGAGUGGGUGUAUUAUAUUGGUGGUGUUGUUGUUGCUUUGGGAUUUGGGCUUAUCUGGUGCUGGACGCUGGAUGGAUGGUAAUAUGGGUUUGUGUGUAUAUGGAUCGCAUGCAUGGCGGUGUUUU